AUGGCGCCCGGUAUCCUCGCACCCGAGCCUUCUUUUACGCUCAAUGAGAUGGACAAGACUGCAAAAGAGAAACAUGACUUUGGCGCUGUCAUUGAGGACCUCGAUCUCAACAACAUCAGUGGCGCCGACCACUACGGCCUCAAAGACAUCGACAUCAAAAAAGGCAUCCUCCACGCAUGGCACGCCGAUGCCCCCAAAGAAGAGGACUUCCUUAAAGGUCACACACGCUUCCAGCGCUGGCACAUUGACGCUCCGCUCUACGCGCGCGAUCCUGCCUGGUUCACCACACUGCGCUGCAUCCAGCGACCCACGGCACCCGAACUAACCAUUCACUGGGACGAUGGCAGCGGUCUGACGAUGAAGACGGAACCAGGUCUUACUGCAUUCUUCAGCAACGUGCAGACGUACGGCAUGAUGACUGAGGACGAGAGGCAAAUUGCAGAUCAUUCGUGGGUGGAGUACGCGCCGCAUCCGUACCAGUGGAUGGGCGACUGCAAAGCGCAACCUACUGGUCUGGGGCUGGUGAGCGAAGGGAAAGAGAAGACGCUGGGGGAACUUGGCCCAUAUGAUGAAAAGAAUGUUAAGAGGUACCCGAUGGUGUGGGUGAAUCCCGUAACGGGCGAGCGCGCAUUCAUGGUCCACGGUAUCUGUGUGCGAAGAGCUUUCCUGCGGUCUAGCGAGACAGAGGAGCCGCGCGUAGUUGACGAUGUUGCUGAGAUCCGGGAGUGGCUUAAGCCCAUUCAGGAACGCGUGCUUAGGCCAGAUUAUAUCAUGUUGCCAAAGGUGGAAGAGGGUGAUGUGGUCAUGUGGGCGAACUACCAGGUUUUCCAUACUGCAGUAGAUUAUCCCGAUCAUUGGGGAGCGCGGACUAUGCAUCAGGCUAACAUUGGAGCGAGUCAAGGGCCCGUCGGCCCAGUCCCUAUUCCGAGUGUCAGUUAG